GUUUCAUUCCUAUUCCUAUUUAUGCAACAUUGUUCCUCACAAGAAAAAUGCUAAAAUAAUACGAGAAAAAGAGACCAAAGCAUUAAGGGAUAAGAGACGUAUCAAACGAUUCUGGUCGAUGGAGAUCAAGGUAGAAGCUGAGGAAUCCCGGCACCUGCAUGAUGGUGAGCAGAAACUCCCCCUCUUGCAAGAUGCAACAAAGUCGGUGACAGAAGAGGAAAGAACGCUGAUACAGAAAGCCAUUCGCCAGACUUUUCAGAGCACAGCUCAUUUGGCCAAUCUUUUGCCAACGGGAACAGUGCUUGCAUUUCAGCUUCUGGCACCCAUAUUUACAAACCUGGGCAACUGUGACUCAGUCAGCCGGUCCAUGACUGCUGGCCUUGUAGCCCUCUGUGGGGCUUCAAGUUUUCUACUGAGUUUCACUGACAGCGUUAGGGACAAGAAUGGAAAUGUCUGCUAUGGGCUCGCUACAUUCAAAGGCUUAUGGAUCAUUGAUGGAUCAGCCAACAUAUCACCUGAAGUCGCUGCAAAUUUCCGGCUGCAGUUUAUAGAUUUCCUCCAUGCCUUCAUGUCAAUACUUGUAUUCGCAGCUGUUGCACUUUUCGAUCAGAACGUGGUGAAUUGCUUCUAUCCAACGCCGUCAGAUGAGGCUCAGGAGGUACUCACAGCAUUGCCAGUUGGCAUUGGUGUCAUUUGCAGUAUGUUGUUUGUUGUGUUUCCAACCAAGCGCCAUGGAAUUGGCUUCCCGCUGUCUGCAAGUUAGCAACACCUCUUUUGCUUGAUUAAUUCAUAUUUGCCUGCGUGCUACUUAAAAUUGCCAAACCGUGCACAUGCAACCUUAUUUAUUCUUUCUUCCAUUCCGGCUUCCUCCAAGUUCCGUAAAUGCCGGUUAUAUGACUAUAUGACUAUUCUCUUUGUUUGCAAA